AUGAGUGACGAGCAGAUCUGCCGCCAGCUCCUCUGGGCAUCCCUUCGGUCGACGGUGAGGCCUUGCAGUAACAGCACGCCACACCAACCUCGCUCCGACGGCAAGGUGCAACGGGCCACAGUGCACCCCGGGCAGUUGUCGGUGGGGACACACGGCCUCGUCGGAUGGGAUAGCGGGCGGCCUGUGUGGACAGAGGCGCUGCUCGCCGCCCUCGAUCGCCGGCUGGAGCAGGGCCAGUCCGUAUCACCGCCCGACUACCCACACGCGGCCGAGGACGUUCUGCUCGCAUUGACGCAGGUGGCCGCGUUGGGUGCGACGCAGCCCCGCACGGCUGUGUGGUCAUCCAUCUCUCCGUGGCUCGAGUCGGCACUCCUUCGCAACGGCGUGGCUCGCCGCGUGUUGACGGUCGACUAUAACGCGCCUCGCAUCGAUGCGCGGGGAGACCGCCUGAUGGCGAUGGAGCUAGGCCAGGCGUGCAGCCACUACUGCUCCCGCGGAUCAGCCUUUGACCUCAUCGUCUCCUUCUCCGGAAUCGAGCAUGAUGGCCUCGGCCGGUAUCACGACCCCCUUGACCCCGACGGCGACCUGGCUGCGAUGCGGGAGGUGUGGCUCCAGCUGCGGCCCGGUGGUGUGCUGCUGCUCGGUGUCCCCACCUCGGACACCGACGCCACCAUCGUAAACGGCCACCGGCUCUACGGCCCGACCCGUCUGCCGCUUCUCAUCCGCGACUUUGAGCUCGUCGCCCGUGUUUGGGACGGUCAUGUGGUGAGGGGAGGCCUCGAGCGGGCAAACGAGACGCCGACCCUCUGGUACGGGCGCACCGGCCGAGUGAUGCGCCGCGGCUUUGCGCCGCGCGGCGACUGGGGACGGAGCAGACACCCGGGCGGCGAAUAUUGGGACUGGCAGCAUCAGCCCGUGUUGGUCUUGCGCAAGCCAAAGCGGCGUGCGGCAGAGAUGCUGCCCGGCUGGGUUGCCAAGUGGAGUGCGGCAGUGCAGGAGGGCCGGUGCAAGCAGAUGCCUGACUGGCAUGUCAGGCCGUGA